UGGGCGGUGGGACCGGGGCCGGCGGUCGCGAGAAGCUGCGGCGGCGCAGGCAGCAGCAUGGCGGCAGCGCUGCGCGGCCUGGGCCUGCUGCAGGGCCGAGUCAGGCUGGCAGCCGCGGCCGCCGCGACCUCCUCCCUGCGCCGGCCCGGCCAACGGGCGCCGGUGCGGGGAGGCGCCGCUGCCGCUGCUGUCCCCUCGGCCGGGAGGAGCUACGGCUCCGAGGCGAAGGAAGAGGAGGAGCUGCGGAUCCGCUACCUGGAUGACGAGCACAAAGGAAUUGUGGUGCUUGGAUUAAACAGAUCUCAUGCCAAGAAUGCACUUAGCAAAAAUCUUUUAAAAAUGAUAUCAAAAGCUGUGGAUGCUUUGAAAUCUGAUAAGAAAGUACGAACUGUUAUAUUCCGGAGUGAAGUCCCAGGGAUAUUCUGUGCUGGUGCUGACCUUAAAGAAAGAGCAAAAAUGCACUCAAGUGAAGUUAGCUCUUUUGUCUCAAAAGCAAGAGCAACUAUUAACGAAAUGGCUAAUCUGCCUGUACCUACUAUUGCUGCAAUAGAUGGAGCUGCAUUAGGUGGUGGCCUAGAACUUGCAUUAGCCUGUGAUAUAAGAGUGGCAGCCUCUUCUGCUAAAAUGGGUCUAGUUGAAACAAAGUUGGCAAUCAUUCCAGGUGCAGGGGGGACACAGAGAUUACCUCGCACAAUUGGAGUGUCUUUGGCAAAAGAACUAAUCUUCUCUGCACGUACGGUAGAUGGUGAGGAAGCAAAAUCAAUAGGAUUGAUUAGCCAUGUAGUAGAACAGAAUGAAGCAGGGGAUGCUGCAUACAGAAGAGCAUUAGCUCUGGCAAAAGAAUUUUUACCUCAGGGACCAGUAGCAAUGAGAGUUGCAAAACUGGCCAUCAAUCAGGGAAUGGAGGUCGACUUAGUAACAGGUUUAGCAAUUGAAGAAGCUUGUUACGCUCAGACUAUUCCAACAAAAGAUAGAAUUGAAGGUCUUCUUGCAUUUAAGGAGAAGAGGCCUCCUCGCUACAAGGGAGAGUAAAAGAAGCUAAUGCCUUUAAAAUACAGUGGGAUAAAAGUACUGCUAUGAGGACCAUUAAGGUGCACUGGCAUCUGCACCUGGAAUAUCACAACCACCAAAGUAAAAUCCAACCAUCCUGAUGUUACAACAUACAUGAAUGUGUCCGUACUUGUACUGGGCCCAGAUAGAAAUGUGUGUCAUCUCAUGCUCAUUACCAUUUCUGAAGGUUGAUAUGUGUAUUCGCAAGGUCACAGGUUCAUGCAGCAUUUUUAGAAUUUCAUAUGUACAAAACUUACCAUUCCACAAUUGAAAUAGCUCUGUAAAUUCUUCAUAUAGACAAAACCUAUAUGUAAUGUUAAGUAUAAAUCUGCUGUAUCAUUUUAUCAAAACAAAAGCGACUACUGAACACCAAAAAUAAUAAAUCGUACCAAAUAUGUGUUAGAAUGAUUCUGUAUGUCAGUAAAAAUUAUAUUUGCGUAUUCUACCUGAAUAUGUACAUUAUUAAUAAAGCUAAGGGAAAUGAAAAGGAUAAUUGCUUGGAAAAUGUUAAGCUUUAUUUAUCUGACUUACACUAUUCUAAGUAAAAUGAAAUUAAUUUUAGCACGUAAUGCUGUCCUUUUGAUGAAGUCAUUGCCAUUAUGUUCAUUUAAUUGUAUUAAAUGAAGACAUUUUCUAAGGCCAGCCUUCAAUUAUGCAUUCUUGUAUGUUAAACCUGGCUUUGUCUUGCAUUCUUCCAACAUACCAUCUUAUCAGCACUGUCUGCUGUAAAGAAACUUUAUUUCACUUGCCCCAGAUAUUUUAAAUUUUUGAUGAUUGUAUUAAAGAUUGUCGUUCAGGGAUGUGACUAAUGUGUUGUUAAAGAAACUAGAAUUCUCUUCUUCCUUUUGGAGGAAUAUUCCUUUUGGAGGUCCUAAUAAUGUAUAUUUAUAUAUAAUGGGGAUGAUACUGAAAUGUUCUUUAUUCUGUGGUGGCCUCAGGAUUCUUUUCAUACACUGAAAGAGAAAUCCAGUAGGUUACAAGGUGGGAAAACUGUUGUAAUUCAUACUGUAUAUUUGCUGUGAACAUGGCAUAUACAGCAAAUGCCUGGAAAUAACCUUUUAGAAAGUAUUUUUGUUAACUUGACUGGAAAAUAAACAUGGCUUAGCAGUCAAAGGCUGGGUUUUUAUAUGAAAACAAAUUUCUUCGUGUUUGAUUACUGUUGGCUCACGAAACUUGUGUAUGCUCUGCUGUUUCUGCCACAUUAACUAUGGUCACUGUCCAUAUCUAUGAUGAUUAAGCAGCUGAUCAACAUGAAAUGACAAGAACUCAUUUAAAUUCAUAUUUAGACAUAUCAUUACAUGUAAAUUGAUUAUAACUGGUAGAGCACACACUUUGUUGACUGGUAAACUUGCUGAGUCGAUCAUUUCACGCACGAUAAUUUGCAAAUAAAGUACCGGUUCUUGUUUUGAUAGUCAUAUAAA